UUUUAACCUGGAUUGUUAGAUUUUUUUUGUAUUUAAUGUCUUGUAACCAUGUGCACCUGCGUAAAAUGCUGGUUUGAUCUUGUACCAAAUUAUUUGAAAUGUUACUUAGUUUGGUUUCUGUUGGUAACAAAUGUGUGCAGAUCAUUCACUUUAUUUUGUCAUAUUCAUUUGAUAUUUAUGCUUUCUGAAUAUGUAAACAAGACAUUUGAAUGCAUCAUCUCUGACGUUGGGGAACUACAGUCUGAUGUUUAACUUUUACUUUACUUUAAACAACUAAACUAUGCUUAAUGACACUUUCCAACGUGUAUUUUACCUUGAAACCUUUUAAAUUUAAGCAAAUUCCUCUUGACUUGCUUAUUAUACAGUGGCUUCAUGCUGUGUAUUUUUGAAAUACAGUUUUUUGAAUCUUUAUAGUGUUUAUAAUGUCUAAUAUUUGGGGGGGCAGAAUUACAACAGACCCAUAUAUGCAAUCUAGUUAUAUUUUCAUGUCUAACUUUGUUUUACGAAGGCACCACAAAAAGUGAUUUUUAAGUGUUCGUUUUCCAUAUUGACCACUUAAUUGUCCCUGUUUCCUUGUGUUGAAGAUGAAUGCGUCUAACAGCAGCCCCAGGAGCAAAGAAAAUAUUCUCCCUGUGAUUAAAGUGCAUGCAGCCCAGCAGCGGAAGGUGCUCGGUGUCUUGUCAGAAAAUCAGCAGGGAGGCCAGUUUUCGCACAGUUCAGUCUCGGGCAGCUCCCAUCACGCCAAUGUCGUCUACACCUCCAGCUCCACCUUGGACAUCUAUGCCGAUGAGUCGCGUGAAGUCGUUCUCACAGCUUCGGGUCAGGAAGUGGUGUCGGACGGCUACGACCCUGUCCUGCAAAGGGAAGCCUUGAGCCUCAUCUGGGAGUCCAUUUCAAGCCCAUACCAGGAAUCCUCUAAGCAAUCUGAACUCGACGACUCCAUCUCAGUGGAGGUGCUGGGUGUGUGUGAGUAUGCAGAGGACGUCCACAAACACCUGAGGGAGAGUGAGGUGAAGUUCAGGCCCAUGUCGGGCUACUUGGAGAAACACCCAGAGAUCACCAGCGACAUGCGGGUCGUCCUGGUGGACUGGAUGGCGGAGGUGGCUCACGAGUACCACCUUUCUUCCGAAACCCUGCAUCUCGCCGUCAGCUUCCUGGAUCGCUUUCUGUCCUGCACGUCACACGUGAAACGGAGCAAGCUGCAGCUGGUCGGCACAGCGGCGUUGCUGAUCGCUUCAAAAUACGAGGAGAUCUGCCCUCCCGACGUGAACGAGUUCAUCUACACCACGGACAGCACCUACACUAAGAAGCAGCUGCUUCAAAUGGAGCACAUUCUCCUGAGGAUAUUGGCGUUCAGGGUGGCGGCACCCACCGCGCGACAGUUCCUUCGUCUCUUCACAUCCAUCCAGUCCGUGUGUGCCGUCACGGAGAGUCUGGCCCUGUAUGUCGCUGAUUUAAGCCUGCUGGAAAUAGAACCAUUCCUACACUACACUCCAUCAAUAGUCGCAGCUGGAGUCUACUGCCUCGCCUCGUACACUGUGGACAGAUCUCUCUGGCCAGAUUCCUUAUCUGUCUUUACUGGCUAUACCCUGGCUGAAAUUGAGCCCUGCCUCAGUGACCUCCACAAGCUGUACAUCAGUGCAGAGAGUUUCCCUCAUCAGGCCAUCAGGGAGAAGUAUAUGAGUUCAAGGUACUGCUGUGCGUCAAAGAUUGCUCCACCUGCUGUUUUGCCACAGCUCCACCCUUCUUCUGACACAUCUGCCACAGCAGAAUUCCACUGAGAAGAAAACAAACAAAGCAAAUUCCACUGCCUGUCAUAGAUGUUUCCAGACACGUUUUUUUUUCAUACAUUUUUGCCCAACACAGUGAUUUCUUUAAAAAUGAAGACUAAUAAUACCUGUGAUAGUGUGAUAGGAUGUAAAAGUAAUGUGAUGUUUAUUUUUGUUCCAGAUGAAAGAAAACACAUGUUAAAUCAUACAUUGCAGAAAUAAUCAUAUAAUAUAAAUCAAUUUAAAACAUUGUGCCUUUUUAUUUUAUUUUUUUAUCUUCCUUGUGCGUCUCCGUGUAAUGUACAUGUACUUCUAAAUAAAGAUUUGAAUUAUUUGAAA